AUGACGUCGAUAGGUACAGGCUACGAUCUUUCCAACUCUGUCUUCUCGCCGGAUGGCCGAAAUUUCCAGGUCGAAUACGCCGUCAAAGCAGUGGAAAACGGUGGGACGUGUAUCGGAAUUCGGACGAAGCAUGGUGUCGUUCUGGCCUGCGAGAAGAUCAUAACCUCGAAGCUCCUGAAGCCCGGCUCCAACAAGAGAAUAUCCACGGUCGACCGCAACGCAGGAAUUGUGACUUCGGGAUUACUCCCAGACGGUCGUCACCUCAUCAGCAGAGCAAGAGACGAGGCCAGUAGUUGGAGAGAAACAUACAAAGCCCCCAUUCCCAUACAUGCUUUAGCGUCAAGAGUAGGGGGCUAUGUGCAGGCAUACACAUUGUACUCCAGCGUACGGCCCUUUGGUGUGACGGCCAUUUUGGGAGGCUGGGAUUCUGAAGCGGAACACGGAGUAGACGGUCAAGUCGGAUUAGGUCCGGCGUCGGGUGCAGGUGGCAAGUCCGAAGGUGAAGCUGUCAAACGAGGUGGUCCAGGGCUUUACAUGAUUGAGCCAAGCGGGCUCUACUGGGGCUACUAUGGUGCCGCAACUGGCAAGGGACGGCAAGCUGCCAAAGCUGAGCUGGAAAAGCUUGACCUAGGCUCACCCACCUGUGACAUUACUCUGAAGGAAGCCGUCAUGGAAGCUGCUAGGAUCAUUUACGUUGCACAUGAAGACUCGAAAGACAAGGAAUUUGAACUCGAGAUGACAUGGAUCUCGAGCCUCGACGGUCCAACGAAAGGCCGACAUGAGCAAGUUCCACAAGAGAUACUCGAAGAGGCCGAGAAGGCAGCUAAGAAGAGCUUGGAGGGAGAUGAUGAGGACGACGAGGAAGAGGAUGCCAUGCAGGAGUGA